UAGAGUAACGAGACAAAAUAAUGUUAGUGACGGAGACGGGACAAAAAGUGUGUGAAAUCGGACUGAAGCGUUUAAGAUGUUAGACGUUUUUCGCGGUUUAAAAAAUCUCAUUAAGGUGAACUAUGUACACAUCGACUCGCCAGUGUUCAGGUUGCACUACUCUAUCACCGUCAUUCUGCUGAUAUCGUUCAGCCUGAUCGUGACUACGAGACAGUACGUCGGAAACCCCAUCGACUGUAUCCACACCAAGGACAUUCCCGAGGACGUCUUGAACACGUACUGCUGGAUCCACUCCACGUACACACUGAAAAGUUUCUUCCACAAGAAGGUCGGCGUUGAGGUGCCGUACCCCGGCAUCGGGAACAGCCGCGAGAAAGGGAAAGAAGAUAUGAGUGACAGGAAGAUAUACAAGUAUUACCAAUGGGUCUGCUUUUGCCUAUUUUUUCAGGCGAUGCUGUUCUACGCUCCGCGUUGGCUGUGGAAAUCCUGGGAGGGGGGAAAGAUCCGGGCGCUGAUGAUGGAUCUGGAUGUUGGAGUUUGUACCGAGAUAGAGAAGAAGACGAAGAAGAAGCUCAUUCUUGACUAUUUGUGGGAGAACCUACGCUACCACAACUGGUGGGCUUACCGCUACUAUCUGUGUGAGGGGCUCGCUCUUAUUAACGUUAUAGGGCAAAUGUUCCUAAUGAAUCGCUUCUUCGACGGCGAGUUUAUGACGUUCGGUUUGGAUGUGAUCGCCUACAUGGAGUCCGAUCAGGAGGACCGGAUCGAUCCUAUGAUCUAUAUAUUUCCAAGGAUGGUCAAAUGCACAUUAUUCAACAAAUUCGGGUCCUCUGGCGAGGUCGAGCGACACGAUGCUCUGUGCAUCUUACCGCUCAACGUCGUCAACGAGAAGAUUUACGUAUUCCUCUGGUUUUGGUUCGUCAUACUCGGUAUUCUCACUUUCAUCACCCUCGUCUACCGAGUUAUCAUAAUCUUCUCACCGCGCAUGCGCGUCUACAUGAUGAGGAUGCGCUUCAGGCUUGUGCGAAGGGAUAACGUGGACACGAUAGUUCGAAGAAGUAAAAUGGGUGACUGGUAUCUGCUGUACAUUCUCGGAGAAAACCUCGACUCCGUGAUAUUCAGAGAUAUAAUGCACGAGUUUGCUAACAAGCUGAACCACAACUAUCAGCACCACAUUCACGGCGUUCCGGACGCGUGA